AAGAAAUCAAAGUUAGUGACCCACUAUGACAACAUUUGAUAAAACCCAUUGCCACUUUUGCUAGAAUCAUUGCCCAAUAAAAUAACGCCCAGAUCCCCGAAAACAACGCCUCACUUGCCGCAUCUUUUUUUUUUUUUUUUUCUCUUAUAUAUGGAGAAAUGUAUGUAAUUAUAUGUCAUUCAUAAACUCCUACUUCUCCUCAUCAUCGAUUGGAGUCCAUGGCCAUGAGCUCGAAGCUCCUCCUCGCCGCAGCUGCAGCUGCAGCUUUUCUAAUCACUGCCUUAAUCGCCGGCAAGCGUACGAGUUUGUCUUCUCCGGAGUUUGAUUCCGAGAAAUUCUCAAACCAGAAAGGUGCGGUUAUUCCAAUUCCAAUUCCGGGUGCAAUAGGGCCGGAGAGUUUGGCGUUCGACUUUGUUGGCGGCGGACCCUACACCGGAGUAUCGGACGGCCGGAUAAUCAAGUGGGAGGAAAAUGAUGGGAGGUGGGUGGAUUUUGCAACGACGUCUUCAAAGAGAGAAGGGUGUAGAGGAUCCCGGGAUCACGUGCCCUUGGAGCACAUUUGCGGGCGCCCAUUGGGCCUGAGUUUCAGCGAGCUCACCGGUGAACUCUACAUUGCUGACGCUUAUAUGGGCCUUCUCGUUGUGGGCCCCAAUGGCGGGCUUGCAUCUACAGUUGCUUCCGAAGCCCAAGGCACUCCUUUCGGUUUCACCAACGGGGUGGAUAUCCAUCAAACAAACGGAGCGGUAUAUUUCAGCGACAGCAGCUCACGCUACCAAAGGAGGAAUUUUGUGGCUGCGAUAAUCAGUGGAGAUAACACAGGAAGAUUAAUGAAAUAUGAGCCAGAAAGCAAACAAGUAACAGUUCUUCUCCGGAGUCUAGGGUUUCCAAAUGGAGUAGCGUUGAGCAAAAAUGGCGACUUCAUUCUACUUUCAGAGACUUCCCGCUGCAGAAUUCUAAGAUUUUGGCUUCAAACAUCUAAAGCUGGGACUGUUGAAGUUUUCACUCUACUCCCUGGGUUCCCGGAUAACAUCAAAAGGAACAGCAAAGGGGAGUUCUGGGUGGGAAUGCAUUCAAGAAAAGGAAAGCUUUUGGAGUGGUUUCUUUCAUAUCCUUGGAUAGGGAGAACUUUGCUUAAGCUUCCAUUUCCCCACGGUUUUCUUUCGUUUUUCUCCAAGUGGAGAAAGACUGGGUUUGCAGUGAAGCUGAGUGAGGAAGGCGAAGUACUGGAAAUCUUCGAGCCCGAGAAUGGAAAUGGAUGGAUCAGUUCUAUCAGUGAAGUGUACGAGAGAGAUGGGAGUCUAUGGAUUGGAUCCGUAACCACGCCUUGUGUGGGAAAAUAUGAAAAGUGAGUUUAUAAACAUGCAUGCAUGAAAGGAUCUUUGACUAAAGUUGCAGUGGCAUAUGUAUAGAAUUGGAUGUGCAGUGACCAUCGCAUGUUGGGACGACUGACUUGUUUACUGCAUUCAUUUUCUUACUGUUAAUCCCUGUCUUUCUUUCUAAAAAAAAACUUUGAACUGUU